AUUGUUUUUUCAAUUUUAUGUUAGUAUUCAACUAAAAGGAUGGUCGCGCAAUAUUUUGUAUUGCUAAUUUUGCGGUUUCAAUAAAAAUAAGACAUUUAAAUAAUAAACAAGUUUAACAAUAAAUAAUUUUAGUAAAAAAUAAUAAAAUUUUGAUGAAAUAAAAAACGGCCGCAUUACAAAAUGUAUUCAUUGAAGGGAAAAGCUUGGUGCACAAUUCGUGCCGCAAUAGAUAUACUCGAAGAACCCGUGCGACAAAUGAAUAAAUGAAAUCCACACCUUAUGUUUCACCAGCACAUGCUCCACUAGCAUCGAUGCCAUUGCCUGCUGCAACAUCUUUUACAACAUCAUUGCCUAUAACAAUAUCACCAUCUUCUCUGUCAUCAACAGUAGCUCCAACAGCAUCCGAGAUGGAAUCCGAUGUAUCUUCGUUGUUAACAUCAUGGGCAUCACUUUCAAUGAAUUCAUCUACAUUACCAAAAAAUCGUCGAAAGAUAAAGCGACGUCCAGAAAAAAUUCAAAACGGUGUAAAGAACUUCGUAUCAUCGUUGGUUAAUACCUUAAAAGAAGAUAUACUUCAUCUCUUCUUCAAAAGUAAAGCAAUUACCGUUAGGAAAUACAAUUUGACCAUAAAGAAAUUUACAAAGGAAAUCUACGAUAUGGAAAAAAUAUAUUUACUAUAUAACUUUAUAGGCUACUGGCAAUGGCAACAUAUUAUAGUAUGUAAGAGUGCUAACAAUAAGUUUCAGGUUUUAGGUGUUAUUAUUUCUUUAUUAUUUUUACAUAUUUCUCCACUCUGAUGAGUCUAGAUAGUUCCCAGACGAAACGCGUAAAUGAAAACUUUUAGAGGACUGGACUUACGACUUUUUGAAUAUCUAUCGAUAUUGUAGCUUCUCAUACAAAGAAACACGGACGUACGGAGACUGGUAUAUAUUCUUAUUUAUUUAUUUUUUGUGAUAUUUAAUUUGCGGAUGAGGGUAGAGUAUGCCAUCAAAUAUUUCUGUAGAGUUAAGUUUAUACCCUUUUUGUAUAUGACUGUGACUAUACUUCAUCGUGUCCGGAUAUUGUCAUUAGGCAAUACACUGAGGGCAUGGGUCGAUAAUUUCUAUUUUUUGUCAAUAUUAAAUUCAGUAUAUGCAAUGUAAUUAUUAAAAUAACAUGUAAAGAAUUACUUUAUUGUGCUUUAUGAUUUUUUCACAAAUUAAAGCGCAAAAUAAAAAUUUAUUAAACCUU